AUUGUUGUGCACACAUUCCUGCCAGGGUUUUUAUUUCCAGAUGCACUUACGAGAUAUCCUGAUCUGAUAACCUGCUGAUGUCUUAAUCCUUUUGUUCUUUUGAGAAAUAGGUCAUUACCUGACUGUAGGUGUGCUUCAUAAGACUGUUGAUAGUGUGAUGAUAAGAUGAGGGGAUGAUUACCCCCCCGACCCUCAUUCAUUGGCUGCUGCUGAUGUGAAGAGAGGUGGCACAAGGUCCUUCUGAUGUGUCUUGAAUAUAAACAGUGCUGAUGGGUGCUACUAAUUUAGAAUAACAACAUGUUGACAUCACGGAUGUGGGUGCUCUUCUCUCUGUGUGCCUUCUUGGGGGCACUGAGGUCAAAGGAGACUUCCACCGGAGAGACUCAGCAGCUUCAGGCUCUUCACUGCCCGCCCUGCGAGAGGAUUCACUGCUCCUCCAGGCGGACGCUGAAACUUCAGUGUAAAGGUGGUGUCACCACAGGCGUCUGCGGCUGCUGCCCUGUGUGUGCCAGAACAGAGGGGGAGACCUGUGGAGGGACGUGGGACUAUCUAGGAAAGUGUGAUGAGGGACUGGUGUGUGUUUAUCAGGAAUCAGCAGCUGACCAACCAGAUGCAGAACGCAAAGGGAUCUGUAAGCCAGUAAUUGAACUGCUGAAUCCAGAGAGCUGUAGCCCAGAGUGCACUAAGGAGUACUGUCAAGCCAACCCCUCUGCAAUCUGCUCUGCCAGAUUUGUAUCUCUGGAGAAGAAAGCAUGCCAAGGCUCCUGCCAGCACACCUCUUGCUCAAGUUGCUUCAUGCUGAGGCGCCCAUCCUGCCCUCAUACCUGCACCCCAUCUGAUGCUACCUGUCUGCACCACUUUGGGAAAUGUAUGCACAAUCAACUGAGAGCACUUCCACUUCAUGUGUGCCACAGCGACCUACAGAGCAACAGCGGGGGACAUUUUAUGUGUUGGGUUCCGGACUGUUAAAAUUCCUGCAGAAAAUUCCUCAUAAAAUUCUUCAACAACCAAGAGGAACUUUUCACUAACUUGUGUAGUAGGGAAAAAAUAUGGCAGCUAUCUUAGAACUAUGUAAAUAUCUUAAACAUGUUUUAUAC